AUGCAAUAAUAAUCUAUUCAUUAAUAAAAAAUAGUGGAAUAUACAAAUUAAGGUAUUAUUAUAUUGUGAUUUUAGGCAAUUAUGUUGAUUUGGAGGAUUAUAUACGUGUAAAUUAAUAAUCAUAAAUUAAUUUUUCAUAAGCUUUAGUUGAAUGUAUUUAAUAUACAAGAGAUAGUGAAGAUCAUUUAUAAUGCAUUCAAUAAAUAUUAAAGUAAAUGUUAUUUAAAAAUAUAAGAUAAUAAAUUGAUUUUAAUUAUAAAGAUAAUAAUGGGAAUACUGCUUUGAUAUAAGCAGCAAGAAGUGGUAAAAUUAGCAUAUUAAAUGAAAUCAUAAAAUACAAAGAGAAAUUUUUAAAUAAUAAAUAAUUUAAAAUUGCACUUGAUAUUGCAAUAUAAUCUGAAUAAGAUAAUUGGGAUAUUGUGGAAACAUUGCUUCAAGUAACUUAACUUGAAAAGCCUUAACAUUUAAUUAAAUCUUUAAAUAAAGGAAAUUUCAAAACUGCUUAAAAGAUAAUAGAAUAAUAUGGUGCUUCUGGAUAAGAUGAAAAUGGUGAUACAGCUUUACAUGUAGCAUCUCGUUUAGGAAAUUUAUAAAUAAUAAAAAGUAUUUGUUAAAAAGAAACUCUAUUUAAAAAAAAAAAUUAACAAAAUAAAACACCUUUUGAUGUUGCUUGUAAUUAAGAAACUAAAAUUUUGAUUCAAUAAGAAGAAGGACUACAAUUCCAUAAAUCUCCAAAUAGAAAAAGAAAGCAAGAAGAUUUAAUAGAAAAUAAUUAGAAUUCAUAAAAAUCAACUAAUUAUGAAGAAUUUAAUGAAAUAUUUUAGAAAAUAUCAAAAGUAUUUAAUAAUUAAGGAACUUAAACUGAAAAUAAAGAAAAGAAAGACUCAGAAUCAUAAAUUCCAGAACACAAUUAUCUCAAUUAACCAUUUUAUGAUUAAUUAAUAUCUGAUACACUUGUUACUCUUCAUUAACAUAAAACUCUUUUUGAUGAUAUUAUUAAGUAUGUUUAUAAUAUAUUUAGGUAAUUAUCAUUUGAAAUCAAUACAUUCUCUUAAGAAUUGAAUAAAUAAUUAGAAGAAUAAAGACCUAUCAUUUAUAAAAUAGUAUAAAUUGUUGAUGAAGUAUAAACUUUUACUCAUUUAUUUAUUAGAUUGUUUAAUCAGUUUAUACUAAAUCUCGUGUUUUCUUAUAUGGUUCUUGUUAAACUGGUCUAAAUUUAUUAGAUUCUGAUAUUGACAUAGUUAUUGAAACUAAUGAAUAAGAGAGAAUUUCUCUCUAUAAAAUUGCUGAAUAAUUCAAAGUAUCAUAAUAUAUAAUUUUAGAUACAAGGAUUUAUUAAUGAUGUGAAAGUUAUUGAAAAUGCUAAAAAACCUGUUUUAAAAAUGUAAUUCUCUUAAGAAUUUUAAAAUAAACAUAUUGAUAUUACAAUUAGCAAAAAUGAUCAUUCUGGUAGAAAGACUUCUAAUUCUAUGAUUGAAUUUUAAAAAGAAUUUAAAUAGUUUAAAAGUCUUGCUGUAAUUUUAAAGUUUUACUUUAAAUCUAUUAAUCUAUUAAAUGCUUAUUAAGUAUCUCAUAUUUAUGUUAUAAGGGUGGUUUAAAUAGUUAUUGUAUUCUCACAAUGAUUUUAGCUUUACUAUAAAUUAAACGUGUACGUGAAACUGAUAAUGAAGAAAUUGGUAAGACCUUAUUAGAUUUCUUCGAACUUUAUAGUUAAGAUAUAGAUUAUUUUGAUAAAAUUAUUAAUAUUGUUCCUUCCUAAUCUGAAAAUAUGUAAGUAGAUGAACCUAAUAUUUACUAAUAACAAUUUCCAUAAUUGUAAAGAUUUAUCUUAUUUUUAGUGAUCAAGGAUAAUAAGAAUUAGUUAUAUUAGAUUUACAUAAUAAAGGCAAUAAUAUUGCUAGUAGUACUUUUAAAAUUAAACACAUUAAAGUAACAUUUUAUAAUUUCUAUAUAAGAAUGCUUUAUCACUUGGGUAUUCUGCCAUAUUGAAUUCUCGUAAAUGCGAACAACCAUGCUAUUUCUCAAGAUACAAUUAAUCUGUUUGUUGUAUUUUAAAAUAAAUCAUUUAAUAAUCAAAGAAUCAUCAUUUAACAGGAUCUUAUAAAUCAAAACAGCCAUUUUAUUACUUUAAUUUUAAUAAUACAUAUUGACCCA